AACUUGACGGAUCCCCAGUGGAAUGUGAGGGGACAACAGCCUAGCAGAACAGUGAGGGGAAUAAUCCCAGCCACACCCAGGGACACGGAGGACCAAGAUGGCAUCUCAGCCUACUAGUGGUCACUGCAUGUUACAGAAAUGUAGGCAGCCCCUCAGCUGGAGCCAGUGUCACUUCUGGUGAGAUCCAGGUUUUUGGACACAGCCCUUCAAAUGACUGAGUGGGUGAACAGAAGAUGGAGACACAAUUAAGCAGAUAUUGCAAACAGGAGGAUAUGUUUAAUGGAAGCAAGCUGUCAGGGUCUUGCAAUAACCAGUCCCAACCAAAAAUAUUUACCCUUGGGACUGGGUCAUCAGAUUCCAGUUCUGCUCUCACAGUGGAAAAUUUGAAAAGGCUAGAAGAGGAAUAUGCAGCUUCUGAAGAAGCCUUCAAAAUGCAGAGAGUACAAGAUUAUAUUGAACAGACUGAUCUUGCUCUCUUCGACAAAGAGACAAGUAGGAGAACCAACAGAGAUUUUGUCUGUGAUGUAGAGCCUGAAGGAGUCUCCUUAUCCCCUCCUGCAAAACAAGAAAAAAUUACAACUGAGGUUCCUGAAAGAUCCCCAAAGAAAGGAAAGAUAUUAACAGCACCAGCAACAUAUUCUCCACCAGCUCAGCCCACGGGACCUGUGCCGAAGGAAUCCAAGCUGCUCUUCCGGCUGGGGAGGAAAAGGAGGUCUGAUUCUCCAGCCACAGUAAAUCAGUAUAAUACCACCCUUCACACCAUCGACACUGCUGCAGCAACACAGAUUUACACCAGCUGGAGACGUAGCUCACUCCUUUAUUGCUCUUCAUUCUUCCCAGAGAAGCAGGUGCACUGUCAUUCUUCUGAGCCCAGAAGACAAUGUUAUCCCGAUGGACAGAUGUUUUUGCUCCUGUUCCAGGAUGGAAGUGGUCAGGUUUACUACACACUGGGCAACAUAGCUGUUUUCAUCACAUUCACCAAGGAAGGCCUGUUCACCUAUUGCAUGGAGAACAGCAGGUACCCAGGGCUGAGGACUGCCUCUGGGAGCCAUGGUGAAAUUGGCUUAGUGUUCCCCAGCCACAGCAAUCCUGUCUGCUUCAAUGUGGGCUCCCUGCUCAAGCUGAAAGACCCAGAAAAAAGUCACCUGCUGAAGUGGCCAGAAAGCAAAGACGAGCUCAUCCUUCAGUAUAAAAAGAUUCAGCUCAGGAGCCUGCCGUCCAAAAAUCAGACAAUGUUGCAAUACUUUUGGCAAUCCCUUUCUCACUGA